AUGUUGGAACUAGCACUUUUCUUUGGGCUGGCAGCUGCCGCUCCAGGCUCGUCUGUCAACACGACCUCUCGUGCUCCAAGCAUCGGUUCUGAGGCAAUUACUCUGGGCCUCUCAUCACUUUCAAACUAUACAUACACUAGUUAUCCCUCACAGACGGCCAGUCUGACCUCUAGCGGUCAGUCUCUUCCAACUGACUACUCCGAGCAAGCUUGGUCGAUGCUCUGGGAUCAGGUUGGUCCUGUGAGCACAGCUUCCAUAAACUACACCGUUUCACCAACGCCCGAGGCAACUCCAGUACCUCCUCCAUAUGGCUUCUCAUCUCAAGUCACAACAGGCAAUCUGAGCUCUUACAAGCUUCCCUCUGACUUUGUGUGGGGAGUUGCUAGCGCUGCCUACCAAGUUGAGGGUGCCGCAAUGGCUGAAGGGCGUGGUCCUUCGAUCUGGGAUCUUCUGUCUCAUCGCGUCCCUGGUUAUGUUGCGGAUCACGAAACCGGCGACAUUACGGAUUUGGACUACUACCUGUAUCCUCAAGACAUCUUACGUCUGAAGGCUUUCAACAUCCCAUACUACUCGUUCUCCAUUUCUUGGAGCAGAAUCUUCNNCCCCUUCGGUCGAGGUCAUGUCAACGAACAAGGACUUGCUCACUACGACGAUGUCAUCCAGAGGCUUGUUGAGGCUGGUAUCAAGCCAAUCAUUACUCUGUUCCAUUGGGACACUCCCCUUGCUCUCAUGAACGACUACAAUGGUUGGGUAUCGGAGGAAAUUCAGGCAGACUUUUUGGCAUAUGCACAACUCAUCAUGAGUCGCUAUGACAAGUAUGUCCCUAUCUGGAUCACAAUGAACGAGCCCCAAGUUUUCUGUGGCGAUGAGUAUCCUGGUUUCNNCCCCUCGGGCUAUUGGCCACAAUAUGGUGUCACUGGUCUGCGUGCACAGUACUACUGUGGUCACAAUGUGCUGUUGACCCACGCUGCAGUCGUGGACUGGUACAGAAAUGAGUUCAAAGGCACUGGCCGUGUCACUUUCAAGAACUCGGCAAACAACUACAUCGCCAACACUACGUCUGCCGCUGAUGCUGCUGCUGUUGCUCGCGGCAAUGACUUCCAAUUGGGCUGGUUCAACUCUCCCGUUUGGCAGACUGGAGAUUACCCAGCUUCGUUGAGAGACACUCUAGGUGACUUGCUGCCUAACUUCACUGCUGCUCAGAGCGCAAUGAUUCUUGGCUCCUGUGACUUCUUCGCUAUUGAUGGCUACACCACCGAUGUGAUCGCUGCCUUGCCGGAAGGAACUGCUGCUUGUGCUUCCAACUCUAGCGACCCUAAUUACCCGACCUGCGUCAAGCAAUCCCAAGUCACCGCUUCCGGCUGGGAUGUUGGAUUUGCUGCUGACCUCGGCGCCUCCUGGCUCAAGUCCGAUCCCACUGGUCUUCGCACCUUCCUCAACUACCUGCAAAAGACAUACACAGGACCCAAGGGCAAAGACAUUGUCCUUUCCGAGUUUGGUUUUGCAGAGCCCGGUGAGAACAACUUCACCACUUUGCAAGAUGCGACCUACGAUCAGCUGAGAGUCGACUACUUUGCUGGUUAUCUGAACAACCUGUUGGCUGCCAAGGUUGAGGACAACGUCAAUGUUACCGGCGCUAUUGCAUGGGGUAUCUUUGACAACUUCGAGUGGAGCAGUGGAUUGAGCACGAGAUUCGGUUUGCAAUACGUCAACUACACCACCUUUGAGAGGACACCCAAGGCUUCCAUGUUCACUUUCACGGACUUCUUCAAGCAACAUGGAGUGUAA